AUUCCAACCUUGGAUCGAAAAGAAAAAUCUGUGGUUUCGCCAGUCUCUGAUUUUGCAUGUAAACGUCCGUGGAAACCAUGGCAGUCAGUGUUUCAUCCCCUUUUUUACCAAGAGGAUCGAUCAGAAUUGUAGCGAUUAGCGUCGUGGGGACGAGUAUAAGUUGCAUUUUUGGUGAUGUGCGCCGUAGCUACGCUAAAGGCUGGAAAGAGAAGUAAGUCAGCUGUAAUGGUCUGUUAUAAAAAUGGGCACUCAGUACAAUUUGCCGCCACUAUGCUGUGAUGGGCCCCGGGGGUAGAUGCCCUUCCGUCCCCGCCUCUUCUGCCGCUGCCUUCAGGAUUCACAGUACAGGAGCUGCCCGUUUGCCAGUCAAAUGACAGGGGACAGAGUCUCAUCUCGGGCUGUUCGGGGAAACAGCGCCACCACUCGUCAAGAUCAGACCGAGCGGAGGAGAAAAUAAGGAAGAGGAGGUGGAGGAGGCAGGUAUUCGGCGCUUGGUUUUCAAGGCUGCGUGUUCAGGAUGAGCGGACGAGUCGGCGAUCUGAGCCCGAAGCAAGCCGAAGCGCUGGCGCAGCUUCGAGAGAGACUUCAGGAUGUCAUCGCUCAACUGCCAGCCCAACACGACCACUUCCUGCUUCGCUGGCUCCGAGCCAGAAACUUCAACGUGCAGAAAGCGGAAGUCAUGCUGCGGAAGCAUUUGGAAUUCCGGAGACAGAUGAAAGCAGACACAAUAACCACGGAGUGGCGGCCCCCAGAGGUGAUCGAGAGGUACCUGCCCGGGGGCAUGUGUGGCUACGACCGCGACGGCAGCCCCAUCUGGUACGACAUCAUCGGCCCGGUGGACCCCAAGGGCCUGCUUCUGUCCGCCUCCAAGCAGGACUUUAUCAAGACCAAGGUGCGGGACUGCGAGCUGCUGCGGGAGGAGUGUGACGCACAGUCGCAGAAGCUCGGGAAGGUAGUGGACUCCAUCACCAUGAUCUACGACUGUGAGGGCCUGGGCAUGAAGCACUUGUGGAAGCCAGCCAUUGAGACUUACGGAGAGGUCCUCACCAUGUUUGAGGAUAACUACCCUGAAGGCCUGAAGAGGCUGUUUGUCAUCAAAGCCCCCAAGAUAUUCCCCGUGGCCUACAACCUCGUCAAGCACUUCCUGAGCGAGGAAACCCGGAGCAAGAUCGUGGUCAUGGGGGCUAACUGGCAGGAAGUGCUGCAGAAGCACAUUGAGCCGGAGCAGCUCCCCGUCGUGUACGGAGGCACCCUCACGGACCCCGAUGGGGACCCGCGUUGCAGGACCAGGGUGAAGUGCGGGGGCCAGGUGCCCGGGAUUUACUACGUGCGGGAGUCCGUCAAGGUGCAGUACGAGCGCAGAGUCUCCAUCCGGCGCGGAUGCUGCUACCAGCUGGAGUACGAGGUCCUGAUUCCAGGCUGCAUGCUACGGUGGCAGUUUGCGAGUGACGGGGGAGACAUUGGCUUCGGGGUCUUCAUGAAGACCAAGCUGGGGGUGAGGCAGACAGCGGCAGAGAUGGUGACGGUGCUGCCAAGUCAGCGGUAUAAUGCCCACCUGGUGCCUGAGGACAACUUACUGACCUGCGCCAAUCCGGGUGUCUAUGUGCUGCAGUUUGACAACACCUACAGCAUGUUCCAUUCCAAGAGGGUCAGCUUCUCUGUGGAAGUCUUGUUGUCCAACAGCCAAUCGGGGCCUGAGAAAAGCAGAAGUGGGGCUGGAUUGAAGAUGGAACUGUGUGCAGACAACCAAUAGCUGGAACGAGGAUGGAGAUGACUGACGCUGCUGUGAGCCUAUGAGCUGAGCUCAUCUGAGCUACACUUCGGCACAGCGAUAGCCCACUUUAAAUGCUGCUCACAACCAGUAGCCUGGUCUUCUGCAGGCACUGGUGCACUGGUAAACCAGUAUACAGUAGUAAAAGAUACUGCACUGUAAAAGUCAUUUUACUUGAAAGUUUCAGUAUGUUAAAGAAACUUAGGUACAGCUCUGGAGAAAAUUAAGAGACCGGAGUAAAAUUUCCAGUUUCACUCAUUUCUCAAUUUAUGGGCAUGCGCCUGUGUAAAAGUAUUAUUUUUUUUUGCCAAACUCCAGCCUGGCUCUUCCCUGCUUCUCAUUGAUGCCUUACUUUAUGGUCCUUCAUUCGUGCUUCUAGGAGCCUGAUAUGAACUGUCCUAGCAGUGCACUUCACACCUGCACUUAAUGUUUCCCAUUCCUUCUGAAGGUCACUUGAGGACAUCCUCUGAUUCAUGUGGCACUGCCAGAUAAGUUG